AAAUUAUAUUGACCAUAUUUUUAUAUUUAUUAUGAUUUCAGAUCAUCAUACCAACAAUAAAAAAUUAAAUACUAUGCAUAAUGCCAAAAAUCGCGAUAACACAGAUUAUGAGACUAUUUUUUUGAAUAAAAAGAUUAUAACCCCAGAAGAUGUGAUGAAAAUAAGGAUGCCUACAAGAAACUACCUUUGCCCAAUGGAAGCUAAUGUGUUCGGCAUAGAUUUCACCCGGUUUCAAAUCAGGGAAAUUCCCUCCAAUCGAGUCAUAUUUCAAAUAAAUAAAUCUUUUUGGCGUGAACAUGAAUUUUCCAAAGAUGCUUCCCUGCUUUUGCCCAAUGGCAGUGAAAAUAACGUCCAGCUUAGCCACUUGGCCGAUUAUACUAGCCAACAGCGUUCUAUAAAAUACAGAUUUCGCCCCGAUUUUUUGAAACUUAAGACAAUCGGAACUACUGUCGAGUUUACUGUCGGCAAUCACGAGAUACAAGAUUUCAGGAUGAUCGAGCAUCACUUUUUUCGCGACACGCUCAUAAAAUCUUUUGACUUCGAUUUCGGUUUUUGUAUUCCGAACACCGUCAACACCUGCGAACACAUAUACGAAAUGCCAAAAAUGACUCACCAUCAAAUUAGAGACAUGGUUAAAAAUCCUUACGAAACCAAAUCGGAUAGUUAUUAUUUCGUGAAUGGCAACUUAUUCAUGCACAACAAAGCCGAGUAUGCUUUCGAUCUUGAUACCUAAAAUGCAUCCCAAAAAAUCAAAAAAAAAGGAAAAUCAGAAAAUGCUCUUUAAAAUUUUUUUAUGUUUCUAGCUCUUAUCUAAUUAUAUGGAAAUUAUAAAAUAUUGUUAUAUUUUUAAAGAAAUGUAAUGUCAAAUUAAUUAAAUGAACUUUGUGACAAGGAAUUUUUUCUCAUAGGUAAUAUUGGAUAUUUAUAAUAGUUAGGAUCUAUAUUAUGGUGUUCAUAUAUGAUAAUAG